UCUGUUGGUAAUGCUGAUCAACUUCGUGGACUUGCCCGAGAGAAAUCCCGACCAAGACCUGACAGUCAACCUCCAGUUCCUCUUGACUGUGAUAGAAGAGUCUCGAUUUUGGCUUGCCAUACUCAAUGCCAAGGGAAGGACAACUCAACUACAUAAGCAUCCAAAAUGCAAGGCAGUCACUAGUGUACUCAAGGACUUUGGAGACCAGUUGCAGUCAGGACACAUAAACAUCCAACUUUUCCAAGCAGUGGUUGAGAAAGCCAAUGGUGUGAAAGGAGGUACUGAUGUGCUUGCUGUACUUGUUGAUGCUACAAGAAAGAACGCAGGACAGGGCAGCAAUGCAAAACUGACAAAGGAUGUGCUGAGGGAUAUUAACAAGCAACUGGAAUCACACAAGCAAUUGCUGGACAACAUAGAGAACCUGCUGAAGGUUUUCACCACUAUGGUGGAGGACCAUGUGAAGAUCACUGACAUCUCACACCUUCGAAGUGACCUCCAUAAGCAGAAGAAGAGGUUUAAAGAGGACAGAGCUUUGACAGUGGCAGACUUAAGUCAACCGACAUACUGGGACAAGCUGCAUGACCUGCAAGAGCCAGCUUGUCGUCUCAAUGGCUUCCAAAAUUCAUUUGUUUUCAGAAAUGUUGUCCAAAAGCACUUUGCAGAGAUGGACUGGGAAGACGAUGAUGAUGAAGAAGAUGAUGAGAGCUCUGACAAGUCAGGAGAGAACAAGCCACCUGCACCUUUAAGUGCAGUUGAAACAGAUCCCAGUUCAUCUACUCCUCCAACCAUCUCAAUGGUGCAAUUUGUCAGCACUCUGUCAGAAGAGGUUGUAGAACAAUUCAAAGAUCAAUGCCAACCACUCACUGAGUACAACCCAAAGAUUCCAUUGGAAACCAUACAAUACAUGUUCGGAGGCAUCACUGAUGCCAAUAAAAUGGAGACAGAGUUGUCAUGCCUUGAUCGCAUACUAUGUCUUGGUAGUAGAAUCCCUUCUUCAAAUAGGAAGGCUCUAAAGGAGUUUGUUGAGUUUCCCAAAACCCAAAAGAAAGUACACAACUUGUCAGCUGCACUUCAACUGUUCCAAGUCUCAGUGGAAACUUCCAGUGACCUUGGUACUGCCCUCCAACUCUGCGAGAAAGGAGUUGUACAAGGUACCUCUUUGAGCGAGCUUCACAGAGCUGUGGACAAGGUGGAAAAGAUCAUCAGCAAACUAUCAGAUGAGGACAAUGACAUCAUAGAACAGCUGAGUAGAUCAUCAGAGCUACUGGCCUUUCUUAGAGAUAUAGUGGAUGAAGACCUGAGGAACCUAAUAGAUGCUGUGGAGGAACACUCUGAGCAAUUUGUCAAUGAAUCCACUGUCUCAAAUCUAAUUGAGGUAAAGAGGUACUUGCAGCCACUACUUAAAGACAACUUCGACAACAACCCAGAAAGGUUCAUCCACAAACUUCAGCACUACCAUGAGCUGUCAAUCAGAAAUCUCCCAGAGAAGAUCAGUGACUGCAGCAUCAAUUUCCACAGUUUGAAGGGCCUUUAUGCAAGUGUAGCCAAUCGAGGAGAGAUGACAAAGGAAAUAGCUCACAAUGCAUACAUGAAAGGUCGAUACACUUUUGAUCUGAACAGUUCGAGUACAUGCAAGGUGACCAUGUCUUAUGACAGGGGGCAAACACAAGCUAACCACUCUAUGUCAGACCUUCGUGACUUCCGUAGCAGGGCCUUUCUCAUUGUUAACUCAGAUAAAGGCCUGACAUGCCCACCUGGAGAGGUGCAGACAGUCUCUGAAUCAUCCACAGAACUGUCUCACUUCAUUAGAUGCAUAGAUCUGGCCUCCAACAUUGCCUUGUCCUGUGAAAGUCUCCAUUCAUCUGGGCACUUCAAGUACAAAACCUUUCAAACAUCUGUGUCAAACAUUGAGGAACUAGAAGACUUAGAUGCAAAGUUGAGGCAUGACUAUGAAAACUGGCAGGAGACACUUAAGAGGGCCAGAAGGGAGUACUACUAUCUCAACUACCUGUACUCUGAUCAGCUCUGGAUCCUCGAUGAUUUCUUCAAUGGGAAGCCCAUUACACCCGAAUUGCAUUCACUCUUCCACUUUAUUCAUCCAUCAAUCACUGUGACUCAGGAUAUGAGGAAGAAGUACACAUCACCAAAGAAGGGAGAUAGUCCUUACAAAAGACUCUGUCAGAUUGGCUUAGCAAUGUACAACAUAUGUGGAAAUCAUCAGGCUCCAAAGAGACCAAUGGACAAGAAGCAGAAACAACAGUCACCCAGUACAACAACCUCAACUAUAUCAUCGCUGCGUACAAUGGUCCAACCUGGGAAAGUCUUUGUAGCAGCACUUGAUGUAGGAAGCUCACAAGUGGUGAACGUCAUCAUGAAUCUGUAUGAGAGUACAACAGGAAGUUUCCCAGAACCAAAUCAAAUCAUCAUCUGCAGUCCAGACACAGAAUGGGAGGAACUUCACCUUCUUCUCCAAAGGUGUGUUGGAGCUCCAAACCAGCCUGAACUGGGCAAGUGUCUGUUCUGUAUUGCUAAUGUGGAGGUCCUACAGAGUGACAUACAGUUUAGGCUUGUGGAUGAGAUCAAACAACUGCACUCAUUAGAGAGCCCUUUCCUCAUGGCUUUGGUGUGCAGAGGAGGUGCGCAUCAUCCAAUCCUGGAUCAGUUUUCACGCCUCACCCACAGGAUCCAAGGCAUGAGCGAUGUUGCUAUGAGGCAAUGCUUUUCCACAUUGUGGCCAAAUGUAAAAAUGGUGACAUCAGACAUCCCUGGAUUGGGGAAGACAGAGUUUGUUCAAGAGCAGGCAAGCAGAAAGGGCAUGGGAGUGGUGUCAUUCCCUAUAGGAGGAACAAUCACCAAAGACUACAUGGUGAAACGAUUAGCCAACCUCAGAGUACAGCCAUACCAAGUUUUGCACCUGGACAUUUCACCUGUAGAUGACCCAAACCUGCUGGAUGCCUUCAUUUUUGAGCUCAUUGUUGUAGGUGCCGUACAUUCUGGAACAAGUUUUGUUGGUAGACCCACAGAGUACAUCAUCAUGGAAGUAGCCAACACCCUGAAUCAUGCUCUGCGCAACACAUUGGUAACAAGCAUGUGCUUUGAAAGGGUCCAUCUCAAGUGGGAGGACUACCAAAACUUCAUCAUCAGUCCAGAGGUCAACAGCCCAGUUCAAGUGGUGUGCCACUACUUGGAGGCCUUGGACAGAGCAACCAUUGAUGAGACAGACAUACCACUGUCAGGACCAAAGAGGGUCCCUCCUCUCCCUGCUAAAAGGUGUCAGGAUCUUUUGAGAAAGCAUUUCUCAACAGGUGCCGACCUUUCCUUUACCAUAGUUGAGAUAUUUUUGUCCGUUCUGGCAGACCAGCUCAAGAAAUUCUCAGCUAGUCAGUACUUUCGCACUGCGAAUCUACGCAUCAUGUUGGGAGAUAAACAACAGCACCAAGUACGAAGGAACCUGUUCACAGCCCUGCUAGAUGUUUCAAAGGAAUUCGCAUCCCGGUCAGUACUAUCCUGCCGCAACACUCAGUCAUCUGCAAUGACAAAGGAAAAAGCUGUCCAAAAGCUGAAAGAAGCUGCAAGCACAACAUCGUCAGCCAUGCAAAUGGUCGAUCGAGUAGAAGGAAUGAUUCGUUGGGCAGACAGCAACCAUUUGAUGGUCAUCUUUCACAGCCAGGAUGCACAAACUGUGUCUGCACUGUACAGGAGCCUCCAACAAGUCCCUGUCAAAAUAAAGGAAUUGUUCAAACAACAGGUCAACCGACCACUUUCUGAGUUUUCAAGCUUGGCACAAGGUGAGUUGCAAAUAAUACUGGAGCGGAUUGCUCGAACUACAUCUCACAAGCUGAAGAAAGAAGGGACUGGUACACUUGACACAAGGUAUGCCCUAACACCAGACAAUCUGUUGAAGAUGGCACUCGUCAUUAUGAGGGUGAGGGCUCGCAUCCCAGUCAUCAUCAUGGGAGAGACAGGCUGUGGCAAGACAAGCUUGAUCAGAUACCUUGCAAAGACAUGUGAAGUUCCGUUCAAGGUCCUCAGCAUCCAUGCUGGAGUCACUGAAGAUAAAAUCACAGACUUCGUGACAGACAGAGCUGCAGAAGCAAGGAAAGAUCUGUCUCGUGAGGUUUGGGCCUUUUUGGAUGAAAUCAACACCUGUGACCAUCUUGGACUAAUCAACGAAAUCAUCUGUCACCAUUCCAUGCUGGGGAAGAAACUGCCAGAAAAUCUUAUCUUGUUGGCAGCUUGUAACCCCUAUCGGCAACGGGAAAGUUCUCAACUGCAUACAGCUGGUCUGGAAGGUAAAAUCAGCUUUGAUGAAUGCUCCAAGCUUGUGUACAGGGUACACCCUCUGCCCGAGUCAAUGUUGGACUAUGUCUGGGAUUAUGGGACUUUGGACGAGAAAGAUGAAAGAUCCUACAUUGCAAAAAUGGUCACUGGUGUGUUCCCUCAGAAAUCUAAAGUCAAACCUGCCAUGCUCGUUGAUCUAUUGUCGUCUUCACAAAACUUCAUUCGAACAGUGGAAGGGAACCAGUUUGGUGUCAGUUUGCGGGACGUCAACCGCUGCCGCAUUCUGAUGAAAUGGUUCGUGGAUAUGCUACUGACAAAAGGAGUAAAAGCUCUCUACAAACAAACAAGCUACUGGCUGACCCUAACUUCUGCUCAUCCAUGUGAUGAUGUCGAUGUACGGAGUGUCAUCCUUACACUUGCACACUGCUAUCACUCAAGACUUGCAGAUACAGAGAAUCGUGCAAAGUACAGGAAAGAGCUAUCAGAAGUCAUGGGACGACACAAAAUAAGUGUGUCUGAACGUGAGAUAGAAGAGGUCAUCCACAGGGAGCAGCUGGAUCUUCUUGAGCGAAUGGAGCUGCCAGAAGGUACAGCAAAGAAUGGAGCACUGUGUGAAAAUGUCUUUGUCUUGCUAGUCUGCAUCCUAAACAAGAUUCCUGUCUUUGUGGUUGGAAAGCCAGGCUGCAGCAAAUCCCUUUCAAUGCAGUUGAUAAGAAGCAACUUAAGAGGUCGGGAUUCAUCUGAUAAUUACUUCAAGAAACUUCCACAGCUGUAUGUUGUCUCACAUCAAGGCUCUGAAUCUUCAACCUCUGAGGGCAUCAUUAAGGUCUUUGACAAGGCAAAGAAGUACAAAGAACACAAUGAAGGAGGCGUCCUACCUGUGGUGCUUCUAGAUGAGAUUGGUCUUGCAGAAGAAUCAAGAUUCAACCCAUUGAAAGUCCUACAUAGUCUCCUUGAGCCAGCUGAAGAUGACUUCCCUGACAUUGCUGUGGUGGGCAUUUCAAAUUGGGCUUUGGAUGCUGCAAAGAUGAACAGGGCUGUUCACUUGUCUCGCCCAGAACCAGACACAAAAGACCUGUACUUGACGGGGAGAUCUCUUGCUGAGGCUGCACUGGACAGAGCAUGUCAUGGUAGCAAACUACUCACUAUGGAACAAGAUAAGGCCCUCAAAGCCCUCGCAGAGGCUUACUUUGAAUAUGAGGAAAAGCAAACAUACAAAAACUUCCAUGGUCUGCGUGACUACUAUUCGUUGAUCAAGUGCAUCUGUUCACCAGAACAUGCCAAUACAGGUGCUGUUGUUAUGCCCCAGUUCAACCUGAAAGUUUUGAAGCGAGGACUUCUUCGAAACUUUGGUGGCCUACCUACUGAGAGGGACACCAUCAUGGAAACCUUCCAGCAGAAACUGAGGGCCCUUCACAUUGAUCUUGAUGAGGAUUCACAGGAGCUUGAUGUGAAACAGCUGAUACAAGACAACCUACGAGACAAGCAAGCUAGACACCUCAUGCUCAUCACCAGUGGUGACUCAGCUGUGGGCAUCCUGGAACAAAUGAUCAAAGACUCAGAAGAUCUGCACUGCAGAGAGCAAGUCACUAUCUUUGGGAGCCACCUGGAUGAUGACCUUUCUGAAGACUAUGACUACCGUACUCUCAGCCGAAUCAUCCUUUGUAUGGAAAGAGGAUGCAUCUUGAUACUGAGAGAUCUUGACAGCAUCUAUGGAAGUCUGUAUGACAUGUUAAACCAAAACUACACAGUAGUUGGGAAGAAACGAAACUGCCGUGUAGCCCUUGGAGCAUACAGCAACCCAAUGUGUCAAGUGCAUGAAAACUUCCGAUGCAUUGUGCUGAUUGACCAACAGAAAGUCAACUACUCAGACCCGCCAUUCCUCAAUCGCUUUGAAAAGCAACUGCUGAGGUUUUCUGAUGUGAUCGAUCCCCAGCAGAUGUCUGCAAUCAAGAAGCUUCAGUGUUGGGUUGAUGGUAUCUCAACAAUACCUGGACAGCAGUUCACCAAGGAAGACUUGUUCAUUGGGUUCCAUGAUGAUACUCUUCCCUCCCUAGUGUUGUGGCAUAGCAAAAAUGGUCAAGCUCUCGACCAGAAGGAAUUGCUGAAACACUGCAAGUCUGAUCUGAUGUGGAUAGCAUCACCAGAUGGCAUGCUCAGAGCCUCAAAGUCUAGAUUGGCAGGAACAAACUUACCUGACAUUGUAAACUUUCAAGAAGAGUACUUCAACCAACCAACUCACAGAGGACUACAAAAGUUCCUUGAGCACAUGUUGCUCGGUGAAGGUCCAGCACCGACUGCAGGACAAGAUACAACCACUGAGUCUGGAGAACAUCCUGACAUGUACUCCAUGCAAUCUCCAUUGCUAAAGCUUGUGGUUCACACCUUCAGUAAUGUCCAUACAGACAUAGCAUCUUGUCUACAAGAUUUCAUCAAGACCAACACUGGUAUGGCUGUGAGUGAAGGUUUGCAGGUUGAAAAGCUAAGUGCAUUCAAAUCAGAGAAGCAACUGUCUUCAAGAAUUCAGCACUUCUGGCUGGAGUCUAAGGCCACUCUUCUGAUAUUGCAGUGUUCACCUGCCCUGGACGGUGCUCACAUGCUGUUGGCAAAAUCACUACUUGAUCAUUACAGAAAUGAGUACAUCAAAGCUAGUAAAACUGGAAGCAUUUGUGACAAACAUGUGUGUUUAAUGAUUCAUGUAGAACAGGGAGAAGAGGUGGAAGAAAACCCUUGGCAGUUGAACUUUCUCUGUGGUUGGCAGCAAGUCACCUUGGACAGCAUUGAAGAACCAACACUCCCAGUCAAGGACCUCCUCAGCAUGACAGUCAGAGAAGUGCUGGAGUCUAAGGUGCGUCCUUUCGCAGAUGUUGCACGAGAACAACUGAUGUGGUGCUUUACUUGCUUCAAGUACAGGAAUGAGGGACGGCCAGUGGAGGGGAUUUUGAAACUGGUCAGUGAAAUCUCUGAGUCUCCAGUUCUGAUGGAGUUCCUGAAACAACAUGUCUACUCAUCAGCAACAUGUUUCAGUGAACUGCACCUGGAAGGUGAUGCUGACAGUUGGCAGGUACAAGUUGCAUGUGACCGGCAACUGCUUCACAGCUGCUCUGGACUACAAACUGCAAUGCAGCAGUUUAUUUCCCUGCAAGUAAGACAGCCCCUGGCCAAAGCUAUCUUUCUCAUAGAGAGUCAAUCUGCAUGGGAAAGCUUCUUCAGUGGAUCACCAGAGCUGCAGUCUGUUUGGAUUGAGCUUGCUCAAAAUGGAGACAUGUUGAACUUUGAUGGUUGUCCAGAGCCAUGUGGACCAGAAUCAUGUGACCUACCAGAGGUCUAUUUUGAUCUCAAGUUCCCCUUCAGCCUUCAUUUUCUGGCACAAGUAGAGAAACAGAAAGAUCUCUUCUACGAUGAAAUGAGAGAGCUACAACAAGAUGAGGACAAACUUGAUGAGGAUGGUUUGCUCAAACAGGAAGAAGCAGAGCUACAGGUUCAACGAUUUGCAGAUAUUGUUGACAAAUGCAUUCCCGAUGUCUUUCAAAGACCAGCACUGUGUAAGCACCUGGAUCUCCUGAUUGAUGAUUUCUGCAACCUUAUGUCAGAAGACCAUGGCUCUCGACUUGAGGCUUCGCUCAGAACCAAAGUGUUGAAAUGGACCAUAGCACAGAAGGCGGUCAUCUCAAAACCAGAUUCUCCACAGCUGACAAUCACUGAUGUCAUUACCUGCUACUGGAGAAACAGUGAGCUGUUUUCAAAUGAACUUCAGCUCAUUUCAUCUUGCGUUGAUGUUGUGAAGUUUGAUGUCCAUGACCUACUAGCCACAAUGACAAGCAGUGAGUCUGUCCCAACAAUGAAAGAAGAGAAUGUCCUGGAAGCACCCAUAGAAUCGUUUGGUGACGCUGACUCUUUUGUAGAGGAAGCCGAAGAGGCUGGGUUGGCGGCAACAGGCAUAGAAACCAAAGUAGAAUCCGUUGAGCAAAACCCAGAAACUGUGAAGGAAGAAGACAUUUCAGUUGUCCUGCUGUCUGAGGAAACAGUGACAUCAUCUCCAACUCUGGUUGAAGAUCUUUUCGAUACAGAAGAAGCUUUGCAUGUGGACAACGAGAAGCUAGAAGUCAAGGAGCAAACAUUAACAGAGUCCAAUGAUGAUGAAGAAGAGGAAUGUCAUGAAUGUCCAGACAAUGAAUUUGAAGAAAGUCCAACAAUAUCAGAGCGUCUUGUGGACAUGUACUGCACAGCCAUGCUGCCCGAGAAGUCUGUCAUUGACUCCUGUGGUGGUCUUAGGGCAUGGCAUGCGAAGGUCACAACACUGCUGUCCCUUGCUGCAAAAGUGAGUAGAGACACGCCAAUGUUCCAUUUCCUAAGACUUUGUAAUGACUUUGCCACAGCACUAAACCUUGCUUCAGAAGGAGUCUCAGUCAUGAACAGCCUUGCACAAACAGCAAUAAGUGAGCUAGACAACUGCAUGAACUCACCACAAAUGUUCUCCUCGGUUGUUGAGACAGCCAGGAAACUACUGAACAGUGGGAAGAUGUCUUCAGAACGAACACAACAGUUCCUUUGCUUGCUUUUUGGACGGUGCUUGGAUGCAAACCCGGACACCAUUCUUAUUGACAGCAUCCUAGAUGAGUUGAGCAAGCUACCUACAGGAUCCAUCAGAUACGCUGGUCCAGUUCUCGAUCGUAUUCUCUAUUUUGAGCAGGAGAGUCACCAGGUAAAGUCAAGCAAACCUGGACAUCUAGGUCUGUUCCAAGAUAUCAUUGAGGACCAGGACCUUGCAUUGGAAGAACAUCCACCCCUACAGUCCUUUAACAACUGCCUGCAUUCCUUACAAUCAAAAGCAGGGUUUGACUCGCACCUUGCUACCAUAUGCAGCGACAUAAUCCAGGAACGAUUUUUCUCCUCCGUUGCUCAACAUGCGAUGGAAUUUGGAGAGCCCUGCAACCCAAUGUUUAAUGUUCUGGUCAGGGCUGCAAAGGUCACAAGGGAAUCAGCCGUUUGUGACUUGCAGUUUAUCUGUUCUGUUGCAUUCAUCAGAGCUUUCCUAACAGGAAUGGCCCAAGCCUUGCAGGAAUGGUUGGAUACACAAGAACAAGGAGAGGAGAAACAAGUGCCAGAACAUCUACUUCAGGAAGUCAACACCCAACUUUUCACACCAUCACCAAAAGAGGAGCCAACUCUGUCAAGGAAGACAUCCAUGCUCUUGUUCUUUCUGAAACAGUUCCGACCAGACCAUGGGUUGCUGGGUCUACGUGAUGUAAGCAAAGACCUUGGCCAGAUGUUGCCUGCCUUGCAAGAACUAGAAUGGGAAAAGCAUGAGCUAGAGUCAAGGUUUCCCUUCGGUCCACUGAGGUAUGCUACAGGCUGUGAAGAUGCAAUGAAGGCUCUAGCACUCCUAAAGGAAAAAGAAGAUGGGGCAAUGAAUACACUGAUACAAAAAGCAGAGGGAUGUGAAGAAACCAGAUUCUCACUUUUGGCAACACUUUAUGACCUGUACUUCUUGGUACGAACAGUGCGGCCGGCCCGUGACACUGAGAAAGCUGCUGCCCAAACAAUUGCAAAGAUGAUCACAGACUUCCCACGACCAUACCAACAGGCCCUGUUGUGCACUGUAGGAGAGCAAGACUCCAAGCUGUGUGUCUCAGAACAGUCCAGCCUAGAUGAUAUACUGAAGAAGUCAGUUAUCAUGCACCUCUUGUGUGCCUUAAGCUCCAGUUUGACACAAAAUAUGAAGACUCAGUCACCCUUCCAGCAGUACUUAACCAAUCCCGAGAAGUUAAAUGCACCAUAUGUACUAGCUGCUGACAACAAUGAUGACAACCCACCUGAAGUGUAUACAUCCACCAACCAACAAAUGUGGGCUGAAAAGGCUACUGUAUGGUGUUGUUCCUGUGGAUUUCUUGUUGCCCAGCAAUCACUUGCUCCAACUUCUGCUGAACAACAAACAGUGUGUCCUAUUUGCAAGUCUCCAGCUUUGCCCACAAAGCAUCUUGAUGGAAGCCAGCCUGGCCUGUCCUACAUCCAAAAUGUCAGCUCAGGGGUCACUGUAACCCAGCAAACAGGGUACGUCAUUGCUAACCCAGAAGAAAGAGGGGAAAAAUGGUUUACAGUUCGCCAACUGUCUCCUGCAGCAUAUCGUUGUUUGCAUCUGUUAGUCCAUGGAUGCCUUCUGGCUAGCCACUAUGCAGAGGUCUGCAAGUCAGAGCAGCUGGGAGAAUUCAUCUUCAAAGAUCACAGCAAGGGUCAAGAUGCCAUCGACAUUUGUACCAAAUUUGUUGAUGCUGAUUGGAAAGCACUGGGCAAAGUUAUUUCUGGUACAAGUGAGGAUGUUUGCCGUCUGCUACACUCUGUCAUCCAGCAUACCUACAGCCUGCUAAAUGGAUCCCACAAAGUUGGACAGAACACUUGCAAGUCUCGUGAAGAGAGGGAAAAGUGGGAAGAAGAAUUCUCUGCCAUUGUAGACAAACUGGUCCAGAAGAUUCCAUCAUCCCUUCGAGAGCAGCAGGUUUCUGCCUUGUCUGACAAUAUCGACAUUGAGCAAGGCCCCAAAUGUCUGGAGAUCAAAGUAGAAGAGCUUGAAAGGGAAGUUGGCCAACAAUACCAUCAUGAUCAUGCCUUGAGGCUCUUCCGUGUUACAGAGACAAGGACAUUUGAAAAGCUGCAGUGUCAUUUCAUGAAUGGUGGCAGAGAUCUGCAAGAUGUGCACCCCUUCUUGGGAUUGUUCUUUUCAAUGCACGAACAGCUUCCAUACAUAAAGCACCUUCAUCCUCUGCUGAAGUGGACAACAAUAGUCAAGUCACGACUGAGCCACAGGCUGGCGAAGGAGAAAGCAAAAGAUAUGCCCAUUUGUGAUUUCAUCUAUGACAGUAAACUGACAAAGCAGGAGAAGGAACGAUUGAAGAAGUACUUCCAAGGGUUCAAGGAAGCAUGGAAUCAACUGCAUGGUAGUGGAAAGGCAGUUGAUGAGAGAUUUGCAAGUAUGCCACCCAUGCAUGAAGAGCGUCCCAUCACACAAUGCCUACUUGACCCACAGAUUCCUGACAGUCAUCUCCAAACAGCUAUCAGUGUCUUGUACAAUCUGCAGAACAAGUUCCUCACUAAUGUUGCCAAGCUUGCUGCCACCACAACCUGCCCCGCAGUAAGUUUCUUGGUUCGAGAGCAACAUUCAAGUGUCAUUCCACAAGUCUCCAUCCUUGAUGUUAGAAAGAAGGAUGUUAUCCACUACACAUGGUCAAAUGACUUCAUGAAGCACUCAGAAUGUAACACAGAGUAUGGCCUUGGACGGGAACUGUUCUUUGACUUCAGCAAGAUUGAGAUGGAACUUGCCAACAACUUAGUGCUGGGCAAGGCCUAUAUCAAUGAUGAACAAGGCUUACCAAAGUUUGCGUAUGCCAACGAACUGUUUUCUGCUAGUGCCAGCAUUCUACAUGAUGUGAGUAACCACGUGCCACAAGAGCCUCUUGCAACUGACACAGUCAGUGCACUGCGGGAAAGAAACGAGAGUGACCGCAUUGCUAAACCAUUACUUGAACACAUGGAGGUGGUACUAUUCCUGCUAAAACGGACAAAGGGGAAGCCCUCUGAGCCUCUUGUGGACUAUACAAAGAAAUGGCUGUCCAUGCUAACAAGUCCCUUUCCUGUCCGUCUGCUGCCAGAACCGCACAGUGCCAUCCAGCUCAAACACGUCGUACAUCUGUAUGAAACACUGGAGGACAUGAUGGCAGAUGUCACCGUAGAGUCCCUCCAUGACUGCUUCCGACAGGCUCUGAAACCUGUGAUGCAAUCCAAGGUGGAAAAUGCUUCCAUAGAAGAGUUGGAAUGCGCUGUAAAGGUGACUCGACAGUUUGUCUUCCGCUACAUGUCAUCAUCUGACGCAGCUCAGAAAGUCAAGCCUGAAAGCCUCCUGCUGACACACUUGAUGAAUACAGGACUCUGGACAGCAGGCCACACUGAGACUAGUGAGGACACAGCAACCAACUCCUCAUCAUCGUUCAUGGACCAACUGAAUGUGGAACAUGUGUAUGCUGCCUUAGAGGCCAUGACAAACACCAUUCGGGAGCGACGUCAAAUGGAGAGGAACAUGUUCCAGUCCUUCUCUGCCAGGAAGACUCAACCAACACCGAGCCGUAGGGCAACAAGGAAGAAGAUGAGAUACUCUGCUACAUGAGGUGGAUGCAGUGCUGCAUAAACAGGCAAGCUGAGCAGAGAAGAUGUGAGAGUACCAACCCAACUCCUCUCACCGGAUGCUAUCACAUUAACUUUUUUUUUUUAUCAUUGCGAAGACUUUUGUUUGAAGUAGGAUCGUAGUUUAACCCUUAUAUGUAACUUUAAGUAGAAAUUAUUGAAUGUGACAAAAAUGUAAUUAUUCUUAAUCUUACUUUAAUUCCCCUGACUAAAUUAAUAACACUAAAAACAUGCUCGCAUGAAAGUAUUAUCUUGCACAAUAAUGCCAACAUGUCUGGCAGUAAUGCUGUCUACAGUUUAAAAAGAGUAUAAAUGGACCAACUAUUGAGAAUAUACCGUAUAUCGGAUUGAUUACUUGAGAACCAAAAUGCAUGUAGCUAGUAUAGGCUUCUACACUGUCAAAUUUAUUCAUCUGAAACUAUCACAUUUUUAUGAUUAUCGCUGUUAACUAAGCACUAUAGUGUUAAGUGUAUAAAGAGUUGUUUUUUUUUGUAUUGUUUCCCAAUAUUCUCCAAAAAGACAUGAUGGAAAUUCAUUACAGGAAUAUAGACAGUGAAAUACCACUUUUCAUUCAAGACUUUUAAAGGACUGGUAGAAUUAUUAUGCUAGUAGUAUCAAACU